UGGUAUUGAGUAACUUGUCAAAAAUCCGAAAGCAGCUGUGCUUUACGUGUUUUCAUUCAUGAAUUUAUUGAAAAUGGCUGUUUAAACUGUAGUAAACAAACAAAUUAGAUGUGAAACGCGUAGUUAAAAUGUCGAGCCGUCGUUCGAUACUCGGUUCAGCUUUAGACGCGUUGCCUGCGCCGUCUGAUCCUCUGCGAGAGUUGUUCGAGGCCUGCAAGACGGGGGACGCUGCGAGAGUUAAGAAAUUAAUUACUCCCCAAACUGUAAACGCUAGGGACACUGCUGGCAGAAAAUCGACACCUCUACACUUCGCUGCAGGCUAUGGGCGCAGGGAAGUCGUGGAGAUUCUCAUAGCGGCCGGCGCGGCGCUCCAAGCCCGUGACGACGGGGGUCUCCAGCCGCUACACAACGCGUGCAGCUUCGGACACGCGGACGUAGUGCGGGCGCUCCUGGGGGCGGGGGCGGCGCCCGCAGCCCGAGACAACUGGGGCUACACGCCGCUGCAUGAAGCUGCCGCCAAGGGAAAAGUGGAUGUGUGCAUCGCCUUACUGCAGCACGGCGCGGACCCUAAUAUAAGGAACACUGAAGGCAAAACACCUCUGGACCUAGCUGAUUCAGCCACAAGACCCGUGCUCACUGGCGAGUAUUGCGCCGCCGACGUCCUAGAAGCGGCUCGCUCUGGCGCCGACGACCGUCUCGCGUCGCUGCUUACGCCGCUCAACGUGAAUGUUCACGCGUUGGACGGGCGCAGGUCCACCCCCCUCCACCUCGCCGCGGGAUACAACCGCGCGCGCGCAGUCCGCCUCCUGCUGCAGCGCGGCGCGGACGUGCAUGCCAAGGAUAAAGGCGGUCUAGUCCCCCUCCAUAAUGCGUGUUCGUACGGGCACUUCGAAGUGACGGAACUUCUAGUAAGAGCCGGUGCCGAUGUCAACGCUACAGAUCUGUGGGCCUUCACUCCCUUGCACGAGGCAGCUAGCAAGGCUAGACUAGAAGUAUGUUCGUUGCUAUUGAGCGAAGGUGCAGACCCGACAUUGCUCAAUUGUCACGGAAAAUCCGCCUUAGACGUAGCCCCUACCAGGGAACUACAGGAGAGGUUGGCAUUCGAAUACCGCGGGCACUGUUUACUGGAAGCCUGCCGAUUGGCGGAGCCUUCAAGAGUCAAAAAACAGCUGUCCUCUUCUAACACACAACAUCAGCAGAACGUAGCUUCAUCGUCGAGCAGUACAGAUUGCCUUCCCGGCGAAUGCAGUAGCGAAGCAUUGGCCAAUUUCCAACAUGCAAGCACUGGGGAUAGGCCUUUACAUUGUGCUGCUGGCAGUCUCUAUCCUAAAAGGAAACAGGUUAUGGAGAUGCUUAUAAGGAAAGGCGCGCUCGUUAACGAGAAGAACAAGGACGGACAGACCCCCCUCCACGUGGCCACGGAGCAUGCGCAUCUGGACGCCAUGGAUCUACUGCUGAGGCAUGGUGCCAAAGUAAAUGCUUGCGACUCCCGCGGCGAGAGCGCUUUAUGCGUUGCCGCUAGACGAGACUCUUUAGCAGCUUGCCGCCUCCUACUGGCCUGCGGGGCUGAUACCAGGCCCGAGCAAACUACCCCCGCGCCUGACGAUGCCUGCACAAACGCGGCCGCCCUCCGCCUUCUAGAAGCAGCGAGAACUGGGGACGUAGAAACCGCUCGCUCUAUAUUAGACGCGCGGCCGAGACUGGUCAACUGUCGAGACGUUGACGGCAGACACUCCACGCCCUUACACUUCGCGGCCGGAUAUAACCGUCUGCCCUUAGCUCAGUUGUUACUCCAAAGAGGCGCCGAUGUCCACGCAAAGGAUAAAGGCGGUCUAGUCCCCCUCCAUAACGCGUGUUCCUACGGGCACUACGAAGUGACGGAAUUGCUGGUAGGCGCUGGGGCGGGGGUCAACGCGGCAGACUUGUGGCGAUUCACGCCCCUCCAUGAGGCCGCCGCCAAGGGGAAGGCGGACAUCGUAAGGAUACUGCUCAAGCACGGCGCGGAUCCAACACGCCGUAACCGCGACGGUCUGACACCACUACAAUUAGUGCGAUCCGGCGAUAGCGACACCGCAGACGCUUUACGUGGCGACGCUGCGUUAUUGGAUGCCGCCAAACGAGGCGACGCCGCUAGAGCUAGAAAACUGAUCACACCCCAAAACGUGAACUGUCGCGAUGCGCACGGUCGCAACUCUACGCCUCUGCAUUUAGCAGCCGGUUACAAUAAUCUCGAUGUAGCCGAGGCGCUACUGGAGGCCGGGGCCGCGGUCUCGGCCCGGGACAAGGGCGGACUGGUCCCGCUCCAUAAUGCCGCGUCGUACGGACACUUGGAGUUGGCUGCCCUAUUGCUGAGAGCUGGGACGCCGCCUAAUGCCGCUGAUAGAUGGGGUUUCACACCCUUACACGAGGCGGCACACAAAGCGCGGACGCAACUAUGCGCCCUAUUGCUGGCCCACGGCGCAGACCCUUACCUCAAGAAUCAGGAGGGCCAAACAGCGCUAGACUUGUCUGGAGCUGCUGACGUCAGAUCUCUGCUGCAAGACGCGAUGACGUCACAGCCGCUGGCGCACGUGGUGACGUCACCGCAGCCGCCCCCCGCGCCGCCCCCGCCCCCGCCCCCCGUCCUCAUGCCGAGUGGGGGCUGCGCGAGACUACAGCCGCCGGUGGUCGCCAGCAACUACUGGGCUGAAGGGUCUCGUGGCAGCCUAGAAGACGCGGCAGGCAGACCGGCUUCUGCGCUGUCAACUUCCGAAUCUCUACAAGCCUUCCUUGCCAACAUCGGGCUCGAACAGCUAUGCUCCGUACUCGAACGAGAACAAAUAACCGUGGACAUAUUGUCUGAAAUGUCUCAUGAAGACCUGAGGGCUGUGGGAGUCGCCGCGUACGGACACAGACACAGACUGCUGAAGGCGGCCAGACACAGUCUGAGGACUGCCAACGAAUGGUAUGGCGGCACCACCCUUCUGGACGUCAGCACCACUGCGGAAGGAGAUUGUGACAGCGAGUACACGAUCGUCGAGAGAGAGAUGCAGGCGUCUGUGCGAGCUCACCGAGACCAUGCGGGUGGCCAGUUCAGUUGCUACAAAGUAGUCAGGAUACAAAAAAUAGCGAACGGCCGCCUAUGGGAACGCUACCAGCAUAGAAGAAAAGAGGUCUCCGAAGAAGCGAGCGGUCCCAACGAACGAAUGUUAUUCCACGGGUCCCCCUUCAUAAACGCCAUCGUUCAGAAGGGAUUCGAUGAACGACACGCCUACAUAGGGGGUAUGUUCGGUGCGGGAAUAUAUUUCGCGGAACAUUCGUCGAAGAGCAACCAGUACGUUUACGGGUUCGGAGGAGGCUCCGGCUGUCCCACACACAAGGACCGCAGCUGCUACCUAUGUCAUAGACAAAUGCUCCUAUGCCGAGUGACGCUAGGCCGAGCGUUUCAAUUGAUGAGCGCUAUGAAAAUGGCUCACGCUCCGCCCGGACAUCACUCGGUAGCGGGGAGACCAUCACAAGGGGGACUGUGCUUCCCUGAAUAUGUAGUCUAUAGAGGAGAACAGGCAUACCCCGAAUACCUGAUCACAUAUCAGAUCGUCAGUACAGAGGGCAGCGGAGGCGCAGUUUGAACAGUAUUUAAGCUACAGUAAGGCUGUAAUAUAAAUUAUUUAUAUGCCAAGCAGGCAGCGCGUCGAACAAUACCUAAAUAAGAUGAUUGUGCGAUUUCAUAAUUUAAAACCCAAUUAAUUAAGUUAAAAUUGAAAAUAAAUUGGACUAUUUUAGCUUCUGUAGUCUUCAAAACAAUUUCGUGGUUUCUUCAAACGAUAAUGGUGUUUAACGCGUAUGUUAUUAAAGAUCAAAUUUCCAUGUAAUAACGUUUUCAUUGAAAACAGAUCGAAUUUGCAUGACUUAUGUAUGGUUAAAAAAAUGGUUCUACCAACAAUUAUGGUCUUUAACACGCAUGGUAUUAAGGUCAAAUUUCCAUGGAUUAUCGUUUUCAUUGAAAAUAGAUCGAAAAAACGAGCGAGCCUUACAGUAGUCGCGUAUGAUGUGUAACAUUUGAAACCUCACCUUAUAUUAGUAAAAAAAAGAAAUAAAACCUACUGCAAAAGGAUUACAAUACGCCAUUUGAACAUUAUGUUCUAAAAUCAAAUCAAAUAGCGCGCGCUUUCGCGACUUCCUGUUACACACUUCCGUCCUAUUUUACUAAAUCACACCCACAAAUAGGGUAUUUGACAAGUUUUAGAAAACGAUCUCACGUUAUUGAAUAAUGUUUAUAGAGUCCAUAAAAAGUGGAUUUAAAUCAUUAUAUAUUUCGGUUAAAAACUAAAUCAAAAACUCGAUUUUCAUGUUGCCGCGAAAAAUGUAUCUCUGGACAAUAUGGCGUCUCACUGGUGUGUGACGUCACACGACUGUCAUUAAAACGUCAAACCAUACAAUCUAAUGUCACUUAAACCGGAAGUUUACUUGUGUGUGACGUCAUUUUAGGCUCAGCCAAUCCCAAGCGUUUUGGGUCACGUGACAAAAGACAAGAAAAAUCUUUACCGUUGGUUUUUAGUAAAAUUAUGAAUAUUUUUUCUGUAAAAAUAGUAAAAACUCCUGCCAAUAUUCAUUCUAAAUACAGAUGCUAACAGUUGGCACUUUAUUUUUCAUACUGUCAAAUACCCUAUUGCAGGAGAGCGAGAGGAAAGAUGUUACACAUCAACAAAUUGUAUGGCUCAUGGAUGGUUACAAAAAAAUGUUUCUGCCAACAAUAAUAACUCGAAUGAUAUUAAGGUCGAAAUUCCAUGGAGUCACGUUGUGGUAGUGUGCGAGUCUUUGAUAGUUUACGGAACACGGGAUGAUCUCGUGUUUGAAGUGAAACUUCUUUACGCACGCUUGACUGGGGGGAUAAGGUGGCGAAUGCGUUACGCGUUACGAAAAGUGUGUUCGGGCGAGGCGAACGGGAGUUAGAAACAAGAGAAGGCAGUGCAUGCGCACAUUUUCUUUCUCUCUUUCUCUUAUAGCUAGUAAAUGAAAUAUGUGUAUGUACAUACAUGUAUAAAUUGUACACACACACACACACAUAUAUACAGAGUGUUACAAAAAUACAAAUAAAAUAAAAAAAUAUCGAUCAUUUUAAGACACGUCACUAGUUCGAGGACCAUUAAAAAAAUCUGUUUUUAUAAAAGUUAACACUUCAUGCAAAUAUUUCAAGAAAAUUAAAAAACUCCUUAUAUGAUGUACUUCAACGCCCUUGUAGCUUUAUUUGUAUUUUUGUAACACCCUGUAUAUAUGAGUGAUGCGUACGCUGUUCCAUUCCCCUAUGCCUUAUGCACCCCCUAAUGUUAGGUUAUUUAAGAAAAGAAGUUUCACUUCAGAUGUGUGCUCCGAGCACACUUAAAUUUUUUUCUCUUUUGAGAGAGUUUUAUAUUAAAAAAUAUAUACUUACUUAUUAGUUCCAUCUGGACUGUAGAAUACAAUAUUAUAUAUAUAAAUAUAUACAUAUUUUGCUGCGCCAAUAUUCCUUACAUUAAUCAGGUAUUCUUUAAUGCCUACAUUUUUUUUAAAAUAAUUUAUUUUGUAUUUGUCAGUUAAUUAAAGAAUUAUUUAUAGUAUUCUAUAAUAAAAAUUGAACUAAAGCCAUUGUUUUAUUUUAUAAACAAACUAGUAGACAAAAUUCAAGUCCAGAUUUUUAUUCCAAAUAAAAAUUAUUUGGUAGGCAGUCAUCGGAUGGGUGACCAACAAAAUUAUUAUCUUUCGCUUCUCCGUCCUUUGGAAGGCACGUUAAGCCAUCGGUUUCGGCUUCAUAUGCAGUCGUUAGCACCCACUAACAGUAGCCGCGUGGUGGGUCACAGACUAAUCUCCCUAUUCCAUCCAUAGGGAAGGUGUGUGCCGCAACAGUGGGGAUUUAAAUAGGCCUAUGAUGAGGCAUUCUUUGAUAAAUUAACCCUACCAUUUCACGAAAUCGUAUAAUUUUUAUCUAGAGAAGGAAAUACUACGUUUACAAAUUAGUAAAUCUCCCAAAUCUCGUACCACACAGCGGCCAGCCCCCGUAGCAUGAGCAGUGAGCACCACAAUUUGCAUUAUAUCACGUUUUUAUCGCGUCUAACCGUCAAACUGCAUAGUAAUUUGACAAUAGGGUAUUUGACAAGUUUUAGAAAACGAUCUCACGUUAUUGUCUAAUGUUUAUGGAGUCCGUAAAAUGUGGAUAUUCAUCAUUCUGUUGUGUAUUUCAGUAAAAAUAACCAAAUCAAAAACUCCAUUUUCAAGUUGCCGCGAAAACGUUUCUCUGGACAAUAUGGCGUCUUACUAGUGUGUGACGUCACACGACUGUUAUCAUAACGUCAAACGAUACAAUGUAAUGUCACUUUAGCCGGAAGUUUACUUGCGUGUGACGUCAUUUUAGGCUCCGCCAAUCCCAAGCGUUUUGGGUCACGUGACAAUAGAUAAGAAAACUUUAUCUUUUUCGUGAGUUUUUAGUAAAAUUAUGAAUAUUUUUUUUGUAAAAAUUGUAAAAUCCCCUGCCAAUAUUCAUUCUAAACACAGAUGCUAACAAUUGGCACUUUAUUUUUAAUACUGUCAAAUACCCUAUUAUAGCGUGGUAAAAAACGUUAUAAGCGCAUGCUAGGGGGGCGGUUACAAUGAAGGCUAUCGCGUCUGUAUCCGCCGCUAGAGGCGCUUGUGUAGCGUGAAAAUAUAUAUAGAGUAGUAAGUCUAUGGACGAAAUAUAAUAUGGUUUUUGCUAUUGGCAUCUUUGUGACCUGAAGUAUGGUAAGUUCAUCUCUGAAGUUUAAUUAUUGAAACUUGCCGUCACUAAAUACUUAUGUACCUAAGAACUUUUUUGUCAUUCCUCCAUCGUCCAUCCUUGUCUCUUGUAAGUGAUUGUGUGAUAAAGAAAGCACUCCACUAACUUGUCUAAAAAAAAUAUGGGUGCGUGUACUUAAGUACGCGCGCGAGAAGUUAUACUUCUUUUUGGAAUUAUUAAAAAAUAGUUUUUAAUUGCAUGCAGAUAAUUAAUUACAAUAAGAUAAUAAAAGGAUUGGAAAAGGAUAGUCAACGCAGUCAAUAAAGUUCAGCUUUAAUUUGAAAAAUUUAAUAAAUAAUCAAAAUAUUCAAUUUAAAUCACUACUGAAUAAAAUUUAUUAGCACAUAUAAAUUUCGCAUUUGUAUAACAUUAUAACACGUGUUAAGAAUAUAGAAACUAGAAACAUGUGGAUAAAUAUUAUAAAUAUGAAAACAGUGAUCAGAGGCGACGAGCGUCCCAACAUGUGCGACGAAGAGAUCCUAUUACUAUUUUGUUGGAAGCUUUUUUUCGAGACUUACGAGUAAUGUGCGGUUUAGCGGCCGACUUCAUGGUGUUACUUUUCUGUUACAGUGUUGCGCGCGCAUCUUAAAAUUUCACUCUCAUCAUUUUUUCAUAACGCGCCCGCGGCUAACUUCAUUAUGUUACUUUUGUGUUACAGUGAUGCGCGCGCAUCUUAAAAUUUCACUCUCAUAAUUUUUUCAUAACGCGGCUAAAGAAGUAUAACUUCAAAAAAAGAAUUCUCUAUUUAGUCUUUGUAAGUAUUAUAUUGUGAUACCGCAAUUACAUUUGGUCGUUAGCGCGUAUUCGGGUGCACGAAAGACGUUACUCGAAUUCGGGCACAAUAUUUACACUGGAAUACGGGCUGGAAGACGGUGCAAGGGCGGACCCAGGGGGGGGGGGGGGGGGGUCAUUUUCACUAUAAGGCUUGUGUUAUGGGAUACUAGGGUAACGGAUAGAAUACAUAUACUGUACAUAUAUAAGUAUAUUUAUAUAGAAAUACAUAUUAAACAUCCAUGACUGGAGUAAUUUGCUAGUAUUCAUCACACAAACAUCUGCCCCCACCGGGAUUCAAACCCGGGACCUCUCGAGUCGGCGACACCAUGAAAUCCGGUGUACAAACCACUCGGCCACGGAGGUCGUCAACAAAAUAUAAUUUAGAGUUUAUUUAUUUGACCUUCACUACCGCAAACUACCACCGGUUCCAAAAUUGGGAGAGCUUGAAUUGAAUUGAAUCGCGAAUAUUUGUAAUGCGAAGUUAUGUUAGUAAGUCACAAGGAAUGUUUGACCUUAUGCCCUUGAAUAUAAAUUAUAAUACGAUUCAAAUAAAAAUAGGAAAGCCAAUGACCUCUAUAUGUCAAAUGUCGCUUGAAAACUACGAUUUGCAAAAAAAACUUAGAACCCCUUUUUAGCACUCCGCUAAUUCAAGAAUAAAAACCAAUUAUUUGUAAACAAAUAUUGAUUUUAAUAUCGGUUGACCUAAAUUUGUUUUUGUUGACAUUAAUAAAGCAAUUUAUUAUUAUUUUAUGAAAUAUUAAACUUUUUUUGCUCACUCUACCUAUUUGCUUUGAAUUGACAGCUAUGACAUCACAAUAUGGCGCCCAGUCGGUCCUAUUCUUAGUUCAAUCGCAUUAUAGCUAUUUGCUAAUAUGUUCCAAUUGUGGUUUUUACACGAACAAAUUGAAGAAUGGGCGCGUGCGUUUAAAUAUCUCGAAAUAACUAUAUCUUAAGCUGAAAAAAAAUGUCGCUAGUAUUUUUAUUCUUUUUAUUAUUAUUAUUAUUUUGUAAUAAUUACAAAUUGUAAGGUUGUAAUAAAUUUA